UAGUCACAUGCUACCCAUUUAUGCUUGAUAAUUUGAGAUGAACCCACCCACUUAAAUAAUGCAGCCAAGUUGAUAAGUAUAAAAAAAAAAAAAAUUAAGUCACAAAAAUAUAUAGAUAAGGCCUAAUAACUAAGAAGAGGAGACGGGCAAAAGCGGAAUACAAUUGUAAAAGUUGGGGAGUCAACCUGCCUUGUCACGUCUAGCCAGUAGAACCUUGCCAGCUGGAAUCCACGUCCUUGUGACGUGGCACCUGCGAAACCCUACACCUCCCCCCGCCACCGCCAGCGACGAGGCCCCCUUCUCUCCUAUAGGACACCGCCACACCAUUCGCACCCUUCCUGAUUUCUGACACCAUUAACACACACGAAACACUCCUGUCCUGAGAGAGAGAGAGAGAGGGUGGGGGGCGGGGUUGCGGUUUCUCUCUCCAGCUGUAAGCAAUCUGGACCGUAGAGGUUGAGACCUAGCCUCUCCGCCGUUGAUCCUAGAAGCUGUAGCGAAGAAGAGCUGUUUCGUUUGGGUCGGGUUUCGUCUAUAACUAACGACCUCCUUCUUCGUCCCACCUGGACUUCCACCUCACUCCCCCCCUCCAAACACCAUUAGACCAGUUGGCACAUGGGGAUGAGGCAGGAGAUUUCUCACACUGGAAUACCUGCACAAAAGCUGUGAGCAGCAUUUAUCUUAAGACACGUUAGGGAAAUUAUGGCAAAACAAUGCAAGGGCUUUAAAUGAUCAGAUUAGGCCAUUAGGGUUGAUAGGAGAUCAGAUCGAGGCCUGUUCAAUCCAUGGCAAACACUACCCCUAAAGACAACUAUAGUCACAUUAUUUCAAUGGGCUGUUUGUCGGAUUGAAAUUGUUUGCUCAUGUACAUGUUUAUGAAUUACACAUACUCGUGCACACACACACAUGUAAUAAAUAAAACAAUGCACUAAAAGAGGGCAAACCUUGAUCCCAUGGCAAGGGCAUUACACUCAAACCAGAAGGUUGCAUGUUCAAGUCAUGGAAAUAGCCUCUCCAAUUGGGGAGGGAAGCUGCUGCUACUUAACUCUUGCCCUCCCUAGAUCCCUUAUAUGGUGUGGUACUUUGUGCAGUGGGUGUUACUAACAAGUGUACUAAAAGGUACCAAGGGUGAGACACCAAUUUACAAUGGAAAUGCAUUGAUUAUAUUUCAAGAACAUAUCAUCAGCAAACUGCACAAAAGAGUCACGGCUAUCACAAAAAGUGUACCCCCAUUCUUUUUUGAAAAACAUAAGACAGAAAUCAAUUUACUCUUUAUACUCUCCAAAGAAACCUCUAGCCCUUCAAAAGCUCUCAAAUUAAAGGAAUUGCAUCCCAGGGAGGACUGCCCCCUUUUCUGCUUUUAGAUCCCUUCCACGCUUCCUCAACCAUCGUCUACUUAGCCCCUGUUUGGUAGGUCUUAAAAAAUAAGUACUUUUCUGAAAAAGUACUUAUUUUAACUACUCGUUUGACUAAAUAGUGUUUGGUUCACACUUUAAAAAGUACUUAUUUCAAAAAUUAGUUUUCCAAACUACUUUUUUUUGAAAAAAUAAGUAUUUUUUUUUUGAAAUUUUAUUUUUCUGAAAAAAAAUACUUAUCUGAAAAAAAAAGUACUUAAAAAUAAGUAUUUCAAAAUACUUUUUAGAUAAGUUCUUUUUCCUAGAAACGUAAUUUUCAUUAGGUGGUUCCAAAUGAUCCCUUAAUAUCCAAAAAUGCAUAGAUCAGACCCCAUAACUUCUUGCUGAGUCUCAUAAAGAGUGAAUGGUUAACGGUCCAUUCUGCCUUUUUACCCAAAAAAGCACCCGUUAAAUGUAUAUAAUCCCCUUUAUCAUAUUAUCAACUUUUAAGGAUUCUGCCCCAAGCUGCCUACCAAGAGAAAAUCAGUCAUUCCAUUAUCUUCCCCUCUAGUCAGCUGACUGGAAUAUUAUUAAUAUUUUACAGUAAAUCCUCCAGUUUUUGGCAGAGACCAUCUAACUCUGUCAGUCUGUCCCUCCCCUCCUUCCCCUCACAGUGUUGCUAUGUCAAAGGCUUAGAAAGCUGAGGCACUCCUCCAUUCUGCAUCAUUCAAAUAUUUCUGAGCCUUAAAUCCCACUGGAGAAGAUCUUCACUCCCGUUCAACCAAUUGCUUACUUUGUCACAAGGAUUAAUGCAUAUGUACCCAAGGUCUUAAAUUUCGAUUUCGACUAAAAUUUCGAAACUCCAAAAGUAUGGAAAUUUCGACAGAAAUUUCGAUUUCAAUUUGAAAAAAUAACGGAAAUCAGUAGUAAAGCAUGUAAUUCUUUGUGAAACUUUAGAAAUGGUUAACAAACAUAAUAAUAUAAGUUUUAGGACAAAUAUAUUACAAGUUAAACACAUCUAUGUUGUGUAUGAGGUUGAAAAGUUGUAAUAUAGUAUGUGUAUCAAACGUAUUUAUAAGAUAAUGUAUAGUAAACAUAUUCAGCGCAUACAAAUGAAAUUCGUAAAUCAUUUAAAUAUUAUUUAUUGUACAAAUAAUGAUAAUUUAGACAUAAAUGGUUAAAUAAAAUGCUGCUGUAAGUUUAUUUUUUCAUAUAAUUUCAAAAGCCUUUGUCAUAAUAUUUUUUUUUUUGAUAAAAAUAAAUUAAGGGAGAAAUUUCAGUUCACUCCUAAAUCUCUUAUUUGAAUUCCAAGGAAAUUUCAUUGUAUAGUUAAAAUUUCAAUAAGUUUCGCUGAAAUUUUGAGAUUUCGAUAAAUUUCGGGAUGAUUCAUUGAGAUCUCAAUGGAAAUUAUGCAAGAUGGAAAUCGACUGUGAUUUCGAUUUCAAGGGUGAUGGAAACCGGAAAUUUCGACGGAAAUUUCAACAAUUUCGUGGAAAUUUAAGACCAUGUAUGUACCUAAACUUGAAAGGCAAGCUUGAAUGGUUGUGUUUGUAGUGGAAUUGAUUUGAUUGAUCUUGGAUGACCCUCAAUGUACGAAACUUGCGUAUACAUAUCAAUAUCAUUUAGUUUUGGCACCCAAAAAUUUGCCUCUCAGGAAGUUCACAGAUCUCUAGAACUGGCAAAUCAGAACUGCCUGUUGGGUUGGAAUUGCAGCCAUGACUGAAGCUUGAAUGUGCUAUACUCCUGUUCCAUGUGCUCUGUUUUGAGAUGAGAGCACAACAUAACUGAAGGGAUGGAAGUGUUGAAGAGGUGGGAAAUCUCCUACAUAGUCCCUACAUGUUGACUGGGCAUCCAAGUCAGCUAAAAUCCUCAAAUGGAGUUCCACAAAACAUGCUCAUUUUUCUGCCAUAACUCACCCUCAUACUGCUAUAAGUGUUGCUCGUACUUUCGCUGAGAAUAUUGUCAAGUUGCAUAGAAGUCCUCAGUCUAUUGUCAGUGACAAAGUCUUUACCCACAACUUCUGGAAGUUUUUAUUUAAUGUGUUAGGAUUCCCAAAUCAAUUGGGAUUGAGUCCAUUAUGGACUUGGAUUGGGAUAUUUUACAUUCCUAACAGAAAUUUCCCUACCCUUUAUAUAUGACCCUAUGGGGCUUUCCCAUUCAAGCAAUAACAUAAUUCAUAGCCUUUGGAUAAUUUGGAGGAAGAUCCGAAGUAAUUCUGGGACCUAAUUGAAGCAAAUUAAAGUUUCGGAGCUAAGUUGAAACUUGACUAAAAGUUUAAGGACCAAUGGUAUAAUUUACCUGCGAGAUUCAUAACAUAAUGAAGCAACCUAGGAUUACUAAAGAUAAUAAUUAUACUGAUGCAGUGCAAAGUGACUGUAAAGUCAUGGAAACAAAAUGAUGUAAAUAGUCGAGUCUACCGGUGCAACUCAGUUGCUUUACUCCAGCAGAGGACACCAUUAUUCACCUUUGCUGCACAGCAAUUUCCCUGUUGCCAUUGCUUCUUGCACAUCCUCUGUUCCCAUUGAAACUUUUGUAGACCUUUCGUUUUGAUUUGGUUCAUGAUGGCCUUAUGCAAGAUACUUGUUUUUCACUGAAAUUCAUAACAGCAGCUUCAAAGAUUUCAAUAUUAAGUAAUGUGAACAAGCACCUAUACAAUGGGCCUGAAAUUUUUCAAGUUUACUGUCAUUUAUGUAAAAGAAAUCAGGCAGAAAAUCCCCAACUUGAUGGGUAAAGUGGAGCAAUUUUUUGUAUGACACCUGUUUUGACAUUAUUUUACGGAGGGAAUUUAGAGUGAUGCACAUAACCUCUAGAAAUCCCAUGAUAUUUGUUAAUUUCCUUUUGAAGCUAUCCAAACAGAAGAAUUAGAUGAAGAAGCAUUUUGAAUAUUUCGUGUGUGAUUCCCUCUUAAAAUACCAUAUCAAAACACUCUUUAGUUUCCACAGUAUCAUUUGUGAAUACGGUACAUCCAUUAGACAAUAUAUCUUCAAUCUGGCAACAGAUUCAAGAUCAAGAUACAUUACAAAAGAUACUGACUUGAUGCUUCUGUCCUCCUAUAUGCCAACAUAAUGUUAGUAAAAGUAGUUACUUCAAUGUCAGUUGUCCUGUACCACUUAAUGAGCCUUUAUGCACUCAUGAAAAUGUAAAGAUAAAACCAGUUCAUUAUUUUUAAUCAAUUAAUCAAUGCAUGUGUAAAUUUAGUGCUGGUUACUGCAUACUCCAUUGGAAUUUAAAAGUCGAGUCAUAUUGUUUGACCAACUUUUUUGCUCAACAUUCAUUUGUUUAUGUUUAUAAGUUUGGUUGGCAUUCUGUGGCACAAGAUUAUCUAACAAUCUUCUAGGUAUGGGCUUAAGAGCCUAUGAUCCCAUUUUGAAUACAAUACUGUAGAAGUAUGAUUAAAUUAUGUCUGGGAGCAAUAACAUGUAAACUACAUAAUGACUGCCCAAGAUAGUUUUAUUGCAUGACAACCUUCCCAAUUCCUAUAUUGCUUUGGCCUAGUCCAAUUGAAGGAUUGGAGAACUAAAUAUAAUUUGACUUGAUGGCCUGGAGAAAGGGUAUCCAUAGAGUUAGGUGUAUCAUAUGUAAUGGUAGAAUUGUUUAAAAUUAUUUUUUGCUCAAUAAUAAACAUGGCUACAAUUGUUUCACAAUACAAGCUCUGUCUUCUAUUGAAUGCAUCUACAGUGCUGAAUGUUACCUUUUUAUGAAAUUUUAUAAUUCAAUGGUAUUAGUGAUAUGUUAAUGCCUCUCAAUGUUUUAGAAGGCUUAAUCGAGGCUCCCCUCAAAGCAAGGCAUGCCUAAAAUGCCUUGAGGCUCAAGAUAAAAUACCAAAUUACACAAAGGCGAACACACUACAUGCAGAGGCUUACACAUUCGUACAAAAGGCACGCCUUCUGGGCCUUUUUAGUUGAGGCUUACACAUUUUGGGUUGUGAUUCUCAAAUUAGAUUUGGUUGGAAAAUUUUAAUUACAUGUUUAUAUAAAUUAAUGUCAUAAUAUGAGUUGAUUUCUAAACCAAGUAACUGAGUUUUAUUGUAGAUAUUGAAAAUAGUUUGAACUUUGUGAUAGUAUAGCCAUCUCCUGUCAUGAUUUACGUCAUGAAUUCAUGUUAGCAAAUUUUGAGUGGCCAAGUUGUUUGCAAAGUAUAUAUUUAAUUUUAUUUACAUUAUAUGUGUUUUUUUCCUUAAUUUUUUUCUUAAUUUUUAAAAUAUAUGUAGUUUAUUUACAUAUUUUAUCAAAAAAUAAAAUUCUCAAAAGGCUUACGUACCAAUGCCUUAAGGCUUAUGCCUCACCUCAAGGGUUAAAAUGCCUCACCUUACGCCUUUGCCUUUUAAAACAUUGAAUUGCCUUUCAAAGGAAUGUAUGAGUGCAAAUCUGAUGUCUUGCCACAGUUUUUUGAUUUCAAGUGCUUCAUAGGAACUCUCAAGGAUAAACACAUUGUAGUAAGUUUUACUAAGCAGUUGAACUUCAGUUGGGCUACUGAAUGGGGACUGGGGAGGAAAGCACACCUGCUAAACCUUCCAAACCAACCUCUUCGACUCAGGAAACACCAACAACACCCUCCUAUCCUGAUUGGUCAGCCUCUAUGCAGGCUUAUUAUGGUGCUGGAGCUACUCCACCUCCCUUUUUCGCCUCGACUGUUGCUUCGCCUACUCCCCAUCCUUACCUGUGGGGAAGCCAGCAUCCUUUAAUUCCACCAUAUGGGACCCCAGUUCCAUACCCUGCUUUAUACCCAGGGGGAGUUUAUGCUCACCCUAACAUGGCUAUGACUCCAAGUGCAUCACAUACAAAUGUAGAAUUGGAAGAAAAGACCUCUGAUGGGAAGGAGCGGACACCAAUGAAAAAGUCCAAGGGGAAUUCAGGAAAUGCAAGCCUCAAGCCUGGAGAGAGUGAAAAGGCUGCUUCAGGUUCAGGAAAUGAUGCUGCUACACUAAGUGCUGAAAGUGGAAGUGAUGGUUCAUCAGAGGCAAGUGAUGACAAUAAUAGCCAGCCGGAAUCUGCUGCAAGUAAGAAGGGAAGCUUUGACCAGAUGCUUGCAGAUGGAGCCAAUGCACGAAAUAACAAUGCAAGUGCAAAUCAUCAAGCUUCAGUGCAAGGGAAGCAUGUAGUUUCUAUGCCUGCCACAAAUUUGAAUAUUGGGAUGGACUUGUGGAAUGCAUCUUCAGCCGGAGUUGGAGCUGUAAAAAUGAGACCAAAUCCAUCAGGGAUCUCACCAGCAGUUGCUCCAUCAGCAAUGGUUGUACGUGAGGGCGUUGUGCCCGACCAUCAAUGGAUUCAAGAUGAGCGUGAACUAAAAAGACAGAAAAGAAAACAAUCCAAUAGGGAGUCUGCUAGGAGGUCAAGAUUACGCAAGCAGGCCGAGUGUGAAGAGCUCCAAGCACGGGUGGAGACGUUGAACAAUGAAAAUCGCACAAUCAGAGAAGAGAUGCAGAAGCUUUUGGAGGAAUGCAAUAAGCUUACAUCUGAAAAUGAUUCCAUCAAGGUUUCUAGUAGAGCCCUUUUCUUUUUGGAUUUCUUUUAUACUAGUUUAAUUUCUCCACUUCCUUUAAUAGCAUGUUCGGUUGGAGGAAAGAGAAGACCACAAAAACAUUAGAACACCUUUAGUUGUGUUUAAAGAGUAGCCUAAGGAGGGAUAUUUUGUCAAAAAUGACAACUGACUUGUUUUCUUUCCGUCAUCUUUCUCUUCACUCUUUCUCAUUAAAGUGGAGAGAAGCUAGUUCCUUUUCUUCUCUUACGAGUUUCUUCCUUUUCUCUCCCAGCUUCUUUCAAACCAAAGGGUCUGCAUUUUUGUUCCGCCUAUAAUAUUUCUAGAAUCCAAAUUUCUCAAGAAAAAAAAAUGAUAUUGAUAUCGUAAAUGAAUUAUCCAUGAAACAGGACGAGUUAACUCGGUUAUGUGGAGCAGAUGCAUUAGCGAACCUCGAAAGUAGCAAGAGUCUUCAAUCUCGUGGUGAUGAAGGCAACAGCUGAGAAAGAAACUGAGGGUAUGAAGAGAACUCUGUAAAAUGUCUUGGAACACCAACAGCGCAGAAUUGACCUAGGGAUUUUUAAUUGAGCACAGACGAACAUUUGUCUCAACUACUAAUCGAUACCAAUAACCUCCCCCUUUUUUCUUUAACUGUAAUUCUAAUUUUUAUUUGUGUAAUUUUAACUCUUUUGAGACAGAUCCAUGCGUAUUGUGUGAGCCUAAUCCCUGAGUGGGGGGGAGAAAAGGAGUAAAAGAGGUACUGUCUAGACUAGGACAAUGAAUUGUUGUUUACUUGGUAACUUCAUUUCAACGAGCCUUUAUGUAUUACUUAUCCCUUUUUGGCCCUCUUAUUCCUCUAUUACUGGAGUUUAAGGCCUGAGGGAUGCUUUGCUUCUCAUGAGCUUGGCGCCUGUUCUGGUCAAUGGAAAGCAAAUAAAUAGAAGUGUCACCAAAUAUAUAUA